AUGAUGGUUACAACAUAUGUAUCAUUUAGUACCAUUUCAGUUUCAUUUGCAUUCAGAUUACCUCGUCGUAAACAACAACGAGAACUAGAAAUAGCGAAGCAAGAAGAAGAUAAGUCACUACUACAACAUCCCCAUCCUUAUCACGCACAGCCACCCAUUAUAUCAACAUAUAGCAUUUUGAAAGAUUCGACUAUUGAAAAACUGAGGAAAGAUUAUCUUGAAGAUGAUGCACUGUCAUUACACUUGUUUUCAAUAUCUUCGUUAUCACAUCUAUCACCACGAUACUUGAUCAAUCCUAAUUAUAUUUACAAACUAAACAACAAUACGGGAGUCAUUAUCCACUCAUCAAAGUUAUUCCCCACCACCUCCACCACCACCUCUUUUUCCUCACAUCAGAAUAAAUGGAUCUUUAUGUCUACACCAUACCCACCCACACAAACACAAGUUCAUUUCCCCAUAUCAAAAUGCCUCAAUCAACAAUUUGGAGACGGCGGCAGUAUCGAUGUCCAAUCAACCGUGUUUGCAUCUUUUAUAAAUACAUUGGAUUUGUCCUUGGGGUUGAAUAUCCUUUUCGCUAGUGAAUCUUUUACAAUACGGUUUGAAUUGACAAAAUCAAUUACGUGGAGGAAUUUGUAUACUUGUACUGUUCCUGAUGGCAUGAUUGGUCAAAUGUGGGCUAGGUCCAAUGUGGUUGAUUUUGAUGUUGUUGAUUUAAGUUUUAUUGAGUUUGAAAGAGAAGACCCAAACAUUAAUGCGACAAACGAAGCUUCUGUGUUAAAUAAGCGGUUUUCAUUUAGGAACAAGUUACGAGGUUUUAAAAAGACUGGUUCUCGUCGGAGUAAGUUGCAUACGAAGAAGGAUAAAAUCAAGUUGAUAUUUUGGCGCAAGUUGCAAAAAAUCAAAAUGUUUAAUGGUGGUGGCGGUGGCAGUGGUGGAUCGCAACGACGACCUAUCAUUUCAUGUGUUACUGAUGUUAGAUUACUUGAUUGUUCGGGAAAGAGGACUAGAGAUGAACAAAAGUUGGAGAGUAUUUAA